CGUCCCAGUAAACCCCGUCGAUUCCAGCUCUGAAAGGGCGGGAUCGCUUGCUUGGGAUCUCCUGUCAGGCCGACACACAGCUCCUAGUCCUUUGCACGCUGCGCAAGAAACCUGGACCUGGCUACUCGUGCUCGAUAUUUCUUCUUCGCGUACCUUGCCUACGCAUCCCAUCCCCCUCCUCUUCCUCCCCCCUUCUUCUUUCCCUUCCAUCCUCCUUCUACCAUUAUCCUUAUGAGUUUCUUCCUCACUCCUCUGCUGGGACGGACUGCACGAUCUGCUGCCGCUAUCGCCACCGCCGCUACCUCCGCCGUCUCCCAGACCGUCCCCGCCGUCGCCGCCCUCAACAACUCGGCCAGCAGACUCGCCGUCGCCGCUGCCGCCAUCACCACGCCGGCCCAUAUCCCAACCUCAAUGUUGCGAAGGUACGCCCUCGGUUUCUCCAGCGCCGCGAGGCCUCUAUCCACCAUGUCGUCUACCACACCGUUGGAAGACGCGAUCCGCUCCAAGCUCACCGCAGCUUUCUCCCCUGCCACUCUUGAGAUUCACAACGACUCCCACCUCCACUCCCACCACAAGGCCAUGGUGGGGAACACAUCCAAGGAAACCCACUUCAGGCUAGUCAUCGUGUCCGACGCCUUUAAGACCAAGAUGCAACCCGCCCGCCACCGCAUGGUCUACGCGCUCCUCCGCGAGGAGCUCGGCCAGGAGAACGGCAUCCACGCCCUCCAGCUCAAGACCCUGACGCCCGAGGAGGAGGAGCGUCACAGGGCUAAGGCUGCCGCCAAGGCCCAGGAGGCCGCCUCCGAAACCUGA